UCACAGUGUGCAGUUCAGUGGCAACGAAAAUGUGGAUGUCGUAUAACGGACGCUAAAAAGUUGUACGUGCGCGCGACGUAAGCAAGUGCGAAACAUAAAUAAAAUAAAAGAAGAAUCUCUGAGCAACAAAAUAUAAAAGAAAUACAUACAUACAACAAAUUGUUUAUAAUAAAAAGAGAAAAGUAGAAAAGAGUGCGUGUGUGUGUGUUUAUACUGUGUAUUGUGAGUGCGUGUGCAAUAAUAAAUCAAAAAUAAUUAAUGCAAAUGCGAGUUACAAAUAUAACUAGAUGCAGUUAUUACGAUUCAUAAUCAAUCGAUCCGGUCAAUUAAUUAUACUAUUAAAAGAUCGUUUAUAACACAUUCUGGCGGGCAAGCACGCCAUAAUUCAGGCAGAUAUACUGAGGAGCUACCCUGAAAUUAGCAGCCAGUCGUAAAGUAUUCAAAGGUUUUUAGUGUUGAAUUAAAUGUUGAACAACUUGAAAGACAACGCAGCUUUGAUUCCGAGAUUUGUUUUUGUGAACGGAUAAUCAAGAAAAAGUAAACAAAGUGAGAAAAUAAAACAAACACAUUGGAAACAAAUUUUGGAUUUAAUGACAAACUCAACUGCAUGCAAAAUUGCGGCACAACACCUGACAAACUAUGUAAAAUAAAAUGCUUAUGGGCAACAUGAAGGCGUGGCCAUGUUGUCAAACGCCACUGCAACAGCAACAAGAACAACAACAGCAAUUUACAGCUUUUAAGAAUUACGUGCAUGCAACAUGUACCGUUUGAAUGCCACACAACAGCAGCAGCAGCAACAACAGCAACAAAACCAACAACAACAAAAGCAGCCGCAGCCACAACAACAAACCAAACAAAAGCAAUCAACAAUACCCAGUCACAUAUUGUUGCAGCAACAAUUAGCUGCUGCCGCUGCCGCCGCCGCUGGCGCUGGCAACAGCAACAACAAUGCCGCCGCUGUUGCCUUGACCUUUCAAGUGGCCAAUGCAAAUGGCGGUGCAGCAGCAACAACUGCAAUCAGUGUUGAGGAUAAAUUAAAGCUAUUGACAACUGCCACGGCGACGCCAGCGCCGACGCCAACGCCGACGUUAACGCCGACGUCAACGCCAACGCCCGCUACAACAAUUAAAACCGAACCCAUGCCUGACGUCAUCGCCUUGACCACCGGCAACAACAACAACAGCAAUACCAAUAGCAAUAGCAGCAGCGCCGCCAACACCGGCAGCGGCAUUGCCUCAACGUCAGCCGCAGCCGCAGCUGCCGCUGCUGCAGCUGCCGCGGCAGCAGCAGCAUCUUCUAAUGGGCAUUUAGUUUUUGUGCCCAACAAACGCGCGCGUCUCGAUGCGCCCGAGGAUUGGAUGUCGACGCCAAGUCCAGGCAGCGUUCCCAGCUCAGCGCCGCCGCUGUCGCCGUCGCCCGGGUCUCAAAAUCACAGCUACAACAUGUCCAACGGUUAUGCAUCGCCCAUGUCAGCUGGCAGCUACGAUCCAUACAGUCCCAAUGGCAAAACAGGUCGCGAUGAUCUCUCGCCCUCGAGCAGCCUCAACGGCUACUCCGCCAACGAGGGCUGCGAUGCGAAGAAGAGCAAGAAGGGUCCGGCGCCGCGGCUGCAGGAGGAGCUGUGCCUGGUCUGCGGCGACCGGGCCUCCGGCUAUCAUUACAACGCGCUCACCUGCGAGGGCUGCAAGGGCUUCUUUCGGCGCAGCGUGACCAAGAACGCGCACUAUUGCUGCAAAUUUGGGCGGGCCUGCGAGAUGGACAUGUACAUGAGGCGCAAGUGCCAGGAGUGCCGGCUGAAGAAGUGCCUGGCCGUCGGCAUGCGGCCGGAGUGCGUUGUGCCGGAGAAUCAGUGCGCGAUGAAGCGGCGCGAGAAGAAGGCCCAAAAGGAGAAGGACAAGGUCUCCAGUUCGCCCAGCUCCCAGCACAGCGCUGGCGGUGCCGCCGGUCCACUGCUUGGCACCCAUGACUACGUCAAGAAGGAGAUACUCGACCUCAUGACGUGCGAGGCACCGCAGCAUGCCACAAUUCCGCUACUACCUGAUGAUAUUUUGGCCGAGUGUCAAGCGCGCAAUAUACCUCCAUUAACGUUCAAUCAAUUGGCCGUUAUAUAUAAAUUAAUUUGGUAUCAGGAUGGCUACGAGCAGCCAUCCGAAGAGGAUCUCAAGCGUAUUAUGAGUCAACCGGAUGAGAAUGAGAGUCAGACGGAUGUCAGUUUUCGGCACAUCACCGAGAUAACCAUACUCACGGUGCAGUUGAUAGUGGAGUUUGCGAAAGGAUUACCAGCGUUUACAAAGAUACCCCAAGAGGAUCAGAUCACGUUACUCAAGGCCUGCUCAUCGGAAGUGAUGAUGUUGCGCAUGGCCCGACGCUACGAUCACAACUCCGACUCGAUAUUCUUUGCGAACAAUCGAUCGUACACACGCGACUCGUACAAGAUGGCCGGAAUGGCGGAUAAUAUUGAGGAUCUGCUGCAUUUCUGCCGUCAAAUGUUCUCAAUGAAGGUGGACAAUGUGGAAUAUGCGCUACUCACUGCCAUUGUGAUCUUCUCCGAUCGGCCGGGCCUGGAGAAGGCCCAGCUGGUUGAGGCGAUACAGAGCUAUUACAUCGACACGCUACGCAUUUAUAUACUCAAUCGCCAUUGCGGCGACUCCAUGAGUCUCGUCUUCUACGCCAAACUGCUCUCCAUACUCACCGAGCUGCGCACGCUGGGCAACCAGAAUGCCGAGAUGUGUUUCUCGCUCAAGCUCAAGAAUCGCAAGCUGCCCAAGUUUCUUGAAGAGAUCUGGGACGUGCAUGCCAUACCGCCCUCGGUGCAAUCCCAUCUGCAGGCCCAGCAGGAGGAGCAGGAGCGUCGGGCCGAGCGCAUGCGCGGCGCCGUCGGUGGCGCCAUCACGGCUGGCCUCGAUGCCGAUUCGGCGUCCACAUCCUCGCAAGCGGCCCUCGCGGCAGCGGCACAACAACAGCAACAGCAUCAACAGCAACAGCACCAACAGCUCCAUGCGCUGCCCGGCCACACGCUGCCGCUGCCGCUGCCGCUGCCGCCGCCGCCACCGCCAGGCAGCGGCGGCUCCGUGUCAGCAGUUAGCACCAGCAGCGAUUACAUCGGCGGUGGCGGUGCCAUGGGACCCACCACAGCAGCAGCCAGCUCCAGCACCAGCAUCACGGCCGCGGUCCCGGCGAGCUCCACAACAGCUGCGGUGGCCAAUGGCGGCGGCGCCAAUGUCAGCAUGUAUGCCAAUACGCAGACGGCGCUGGCCCUCAUGGGCGUGCCCCUCAAAUCGGAGCACUCGACGACCACCGCAUAGCCCCUGCUGGAAGCCAUGGGCAUGGGCAUGGGCAUGGGCGUAGGCGUGGGCGUGGGCGUGGGCAGUCUACUGUUGGGCGGCAGCAUUAUUGAGUGAAUUUCGGGCGGGGCGUGGCAGCUGUAUACAACAAACACACACACACACACACACACACACAGACAGGCAGACAGACAGGCAAGCCUGUACCGUUAGGCGCUUUUAUAAUAGAUUCAACCGAUUUGUAUAUAGCCGGAGAAACUGUAAAAUUUUGCAUAUUCAAAAUAGUUUUUUUUUUUUACCCAGCUACAUAAAAAAACGGCGUGUGGAUUUAAUAAACAAGUGCGUAACGGCACAGUUGCCUGAUCUGAUCUAUAUAUAUAUAUAUAUAUCUCACAAGAGAUAUAUGCAGCAUGAAAAUCUGAGUUAAUAGAAGAAGAAAGAAAAACAGAGCAAAACAUUUUUGAGUAAGCGUAAAAUGCAGUUAUUUAGUGUUAAGCCUGCAAAUAUUAGACCUAAGGCAUUAUGAAUAUAUACAAAAUUAUUAUAAAACACAAACACAAACACAUCUAAAAUUAUAUAACAAACAAAUUCUUAACAAAAACAGAGAAUGCUUAAAACAUAAAUAAAUAAAAACACAUAACAAAUUACAAAACUGUAAAAGAAAGUCAAGCAAAUGCAAAAGGCAUAGAAUUUAUGCAGUUAAAUACAACAACAAAAAAUACCUUAAAAUAUAUAUAUAUAUAUAUAUAUAAAUAUAUAUAUAUAUAUGCUACAAUAUAUAAUUAAUAAAAAUUGUAUUAAAUUUUCUUUUGUUAAUUUCCAGCCCCGAAAAAUCGGACAAAAGCAAAUGCUAAUUUCUGCUAAAUUCAAUGCCUGUCAAACGGUCAUGCAAAAGAAAAUAAAAAACAAAAGAGAAUAAAGAUUGUUUAUAUUUUAAAAAUAUAUAAAAAAUAAAACAGUAAACUUUAUAUAUAAUAUUAAAAAAAAACAGAAACAAAAAACAAGCAUGUGUAUAAUAUGUAAAACUAACUGUACAUCUAAUUCAAAAGCAGCGAGUAAAUCUGAUUUAAACACCUUGAACUAUAAACAAAAUACUUAUUAAUUAACAACUAAUGACAGCAACUAAUCUUAAGUUACACAAUUCGCAACCCAACUCUAAACAAAACUAAAACUAAAUCUAAACAAAAAACAAAAAAAAAACACGCAAAACUUGGACUGAUUUUAUAAAUAUUUUUUUAAUCAUAUUAACUGAGUAAAAAACAACUGUAUAAAAUGCUAACAAAUGUUUAACACAAUGAAAUGGCUAAAAACGACAUUUAUUUUAAUUAUGCCCUCCUUAUAUAUUUUUUUAUUAACACAAAAAAUGAGAAUUUACAUUUAUUAAGCGCCGUCGUUUUUAAUACAAUUCACACAGUUACAUUUUCUUUUUAAUUUUCCUAUAAAACAAUUGGCGAAAUUGUAAAAACUUUGUAAACAACAAAAAAGAAAAAGUGAUUGGAGUUUUACUCAAAUUUAAAAGGCAUUAAAGGUAUUAAAUUAAAAAUUUUAAAAAUUGAAUUCAUUAAACUCACCUUUUGGCUGACAGAAAACAACAACAUUUUCAAUCACUUGGCACACACAUCCACACACACACACACACACACACACCAAAAGACUUCAAUAUUAAUUUAUAAAUUAAACAUUUAAAUUCGAAAAUUUAUAAAUACUUGUAAAUUAUAUAGCAAUUAAAUUUUAUUGAAAAAAACCAUUUGGCAUAAUCAAAAUUUUGUUUUUAAACAAAAAAAAAAACAAUCGUGCAAAAUAUAUAUUUUUGGCAAUUUUUUUAAACUUAUUUGGAAUUUGUUUAAUGCAAUUUAAUUAAUUUUUUGUAUACUUUUUUUUUAUCGUUUUUUGCUGAUUUUGCUUUUGAAUUGUAAAAACGAAAAAAGAGUAAAAAAUUGUUGGCCUUAUUUUAACUUAAAUCAAAUUUAUUCUAAUUUUAGUAGCGAUUUGUAAAAUACGACAAAAAAAAAAUAAUAAACACAAACAUAAAAAACAAAAAACAUAUGUAAAAUUUAAACAAACCUUUUUUAAUUGUGUAUAAAAGUGGCAGAGAAAUUUUUGAAAUGUGCAAUUUUUUAUUUUUACUACUAUUAUUAUAAUUAUUAUGCUAAUUAAAUAUAUAUACAUAUAAUUUUCGCAUAUAGUACACACACACACACACUCACACUGACACAUACACAUUUAAGUAAAUUUAAUUUAUAAACAUUGAAUUUUGUAUACAACAAUUGAAAAUAGCAAAGCAACAUAUAUAAAAUAUAAACAAUUAGAACUUAAA